AUGGUUCACACAUCGAUGUACCCAGGCUUCAUGCCCUCAGUGCCUGUGCCAGCAGCUUGUCCUGUCGCUCCAAAUGGACAUCAUCAACCCAAGCUACCCUUCAGCAUUGACUCCUUGCUCAACAGGAACGACAAGUCAGCUCCCAGGUUAUCUCUGGAGAUGCCCAGCUGGCAAACCUCUAGUGUGCCCCUCUACAGCCAGCCUUUCCUUCCUUGUACACCCUCUGUGCCCCUUGGCUGUUCCUUUGACAUGAUGUCUCGCCAUCAGCCCAUGUUGAUCUAUGCUCCUAAGGCUCGCUACCCUUCCAUUACUCCACAGCACCAACCAAUGAGCCUCCUGGAGCCACCAUGUCCAUGUGCCAGUCCCUACUGCCAGGGAAAAGGUGAGUCCACAAACUGUUAUAAGGCAACUCCACAAGUCAAUAUAUUGCAACUAAACUGAUUGAUUUAUAAAAGCAAUGGAUCAGGUCAUAUUUACCAAACAAACUGCAUGUUGUGUUUUGACUUCCUUAAUGUUUAAUUUAUUUUUUGCAGCAAUCAUGGGGACUCUAAUUUACUUUUUACUUUUUAGUUAAAUUGUUAAAGCACAAUCGGUUUUCUAAACUACUUUUUUUUUCCUUAAUUUAUUUGAUUAUACCUAAUUUCUUACCUGCACGAUUUCUAUCACACACCUACGAAUGCUAGUUUGAUAUUAUUAUAGGAAAUAAUCUAACAUAAUGUAUUUUAAUCUAAGAAUUUUACGUAUUUCUCUGUGGCAGUGGAAGGGUUAAGGCAGUUUCUCUCAUGGAAUCUGCAUUGUGGAAUCAUGUUUACUGUAUGCUCAUGCUGCCAUCUUGUGUCUCUUUUAGGAAUGACAUACUAUCAUUGUGGCAAUAGCCCCCUGGAAACCCAAGACUCGUGGAAGAAGGCUCAGUUGAAGAUGAAAAGAGUCCGCACCGUGUUUACUGCAGAACAGCUUGAAAGGCUGGAGAGGGAGUUUAAUAAGCAGCAAUAUAUGGUGGGAACAGAGAGAGUGGAACUGGCAGCUUCACUGAACCUUAAUGAGGCCCAGGUAAGGAUAUACAUGUUGUUGGUAUUCUAACAUGUCAUCUGUUAAUGUUACAGUGAAACAGAAUUAUCAGGGUUAUUUACUAAACAGAAAUUCAAAUUGAAUUUCAAAUGUAAAACCAGAGAACUGAAAGCACGGCUGAUAUGACUUUAGUGAAUGUUGUACAAUGAAAGGUUUGAUUUAUAUCUGUCAAUUUUAAUUGACUACCGAACACCCAAACAAGGCAUACUCCUGUUCUCAAACUCUCUUCUAAUUCAAAUAUUGUAAUUGUGACUUACCCAUUGGGUUUAUAAAAACAAAACUACUAAACAUUAAAAUGGCAGUUCGAUUAGUUACCCAAGAAUCCCCCCCAGAUUGUGUGUAACUGUGCUGUUAUGAUAUGUCAUACAAGUCGUGUAAGGGUGUGUAAUAUAUAAUAAUUCUGCUGUAUCAAAGAAUCACAAGCAUUUGUUUUGUACUUUUUUGCAAAACAAGACCUAUGAAUGCCCAUGUUUCUCAAAUCAAAUACUGCAGAAUUAUGUAUUGGCUAUUUCGGAGUACUUGGGCAUGACAUAGUAAGUGUGUCUGGAUUGAAGAGAGAGUGUCAUUGCAUCCUUGGGGCUGGGGGAUAUGGCGAUAUAAAAUUAUUUAUUUAUUUUUUCCUUGUUAUCUUGAUUUGACGCCAUAUUGGAUAUCUACCGUCUUUGUUAUUUUGUCCUUUCUCUUUCAUGUCUGAUAAAUAAGCAAAUAAGCUCCUUGUUUUGUAUUUAGAAUUUUGGUUGUGUGCUCAGUGCAGUCUGUUGUUCCUGCAACUGUCAAACAGUUCUCUGCAAAUACUGCAACACCAAAUGUCUCCUUUAACGUCCUUAAACAAAAUAUUCAAGUAGAAUAUUAACAUUUAGUUUUAAUGAGACAAUUUCUUAAUUGGCAACUAUCUGAAUACUAACAGUUUCUAAUUCCUUUGUCACUUUCAGGUUAAAAUCUGGUUUCAGAAUCGUCGAAUCAAGUGGAGGAAGCAGAGCCAAGAAAAAAAGAGGUCCAAGCUGUCUCCAUCUGAAAACAUCCAUGACGAUUCAGCAAAUGAAACUGCUGAGAGCUCAGUAGAUGAAAGUUAA